AUGGCCGAUACGGGGCAACGGAAAAUGCCACCAGAUCGUAAGCCAGCUGAAGACACCUCUGGGAAAAACAAGAAGAAAAAGAUUGAAGAACCUCCGCAAGCAAUUAUGGAUGACCGGAUGGAAGAACAAGGUGAGGCAGAGCAAUACUCGGCGGAAACGAAAAAGAACAUGGAAGGGGGUUUCGUCUCAUACAAAGCCUCCCUGAUGGGUUUCAACGGCGUGGCGCACGGCGCGAGCCCGAUGGAGGAGGAUGACUUAUUCAAUGCUGAGAGCGAGUUACAUUGGAAACUACCGGAAGUAUCUGAGGAACUCAAAAACCAAAUGGAAAUAUACCCUGUGGUCCCGAGAUGGUCGCCAUACUUCAACCCUCAUCAGAAUCCUCUGCGGCGGGUUGCUACAUGGGUGCGGAUCCCUGAUAUACCCAUGCAUUAUUAUAACAGUCACUGUAUUACCAGAAUAGGUGACCGAAUUGGCCGAACUCUGAAGGUGGAUAUUAAUACUCUUAGCAAUGGCCUGUACACAAAUCAGACGAAGGUCGAGAGAGGCAAGUAUGCAAGAAUUUGCGUGGAGCUUGACUUGCAAAAGAAAUUGGUACCCAGAGUCAUUGUUGCUGGGGAAAUCUUCAAUGUAGAGUACGAAGGGCUAGGUGUAAUCUGCUUUGCUUGCGGCAGGUUUGGCCAUAGGCGAGAAGCAUGUCCCUGGAAGGUUAGUAUGAACACGCAAGAGCCAAGUGCUUCAACGUCACCGCCGAUCGUAGUUGCACCGUCGAGAAUGCCGGAAAAGAACAAGGCUGACAUUGAUGAGACGUUUGGGGUGUGGAUGCUUGCUGGCAAAUCCUCAAGGGCUCAGUUCCCGAAGUAUGGAGAGCAGAAGACUGGGCUGCGUACUACAGCUGGUCAGCCGAAGGAUAAGCGAACAGAGAAAAUGUAUGUGCAGAAAUCGAGAUUCUCAAUCUUUGAAGACUGGGAAGACACAGAACAGAUGGAAGCAACCUUACCCCAAGAUACGAACAAGGAAACUGCAAGUCAGGAUGCAGAAGGAAAGGCCAUUGUCCUUUAUCAGAAGAAGAGGGCUCUAGAGGGGGUCAAAGAGCAACCACGUCGAGUUAGGAAUGAACAAGGGCGGAAAAAUGCUCAUAGUUCAAGGGUACCUACUAAGGACCUGGGAAAGGAGAACCAGCCGCCUUCGAAUGGGCCGAACUUAGGACUUGGGCCGGAUAAAAAUAUAAGGAACAAAGCAACUGAGGUAGCUUCACAAAUGGGCCAGACAAAACAAAUAAAGCAGAAGAGCCAACGGACUCAUAGGGUGGUAAUGGGCAAUGUGGAACAGGCAGAAUCAAAAAUUGACGAAGCCCAAUUGAGUAAAAUGGAUAGGUGCAACACGGAAGAACUUCACAUACCGUCCCAAGCACUUGCUCUCGUUAUGAACAUUAAUGUCGAGCAACAGGGACAGGAUGGAACAGGCUCUACACAAGGCAGUAUGCUAGAGUGUAUUGACAUGGAGAACUUGAACCCGAAGCCACCAGACCCAUUGGUCGAGAACUCGGCAAGACUAGAGGGGGGGAUGAUAGAGGAGAGCUCGGAUGUGGCGAAGGAGGUGGGAGCUGGUAGCCGAAGCUUCCCUAUUUUGAUAAGAGAUAUUGUUAAAAAAUUUCAAGUAGAUAUUCUCUGCCUUGAGGAACCACGUGUUAGUGGUAAGAGAGCGGAUAGUGUGGUGAAGAGGUUGGGUUUUUCCCACUGGAUAAGAGUAGAAGCCAGCGGAUAUUCAGGAGGGAUCUGGCUUUUGUGGAACAACACGGAGUUCUCUGUUACUUAUAUAUGCUCCUCGGCGCAAUUCAUCCACUGUAAAGUAAGUAACAGAAGCAAUCCUAAUGGGGAACUCAUCACUUUUGUUUACGGGGAGACGAACACCACUGGAAGAAUGAUGCUUUGGGACUCCCUGAGAUUGAUUGCUGGCACGGUUACAGAACCUUGGCUGGUCUGUGGGGAUUUCAAUGCUUACAUGUCGCCAGGGGACAAGGAGGGAGGAAGCAGGCCAAAUGAAGCAGUCAUGACACCGUUUCGGGAGUGCAUUGCAGAUUGCGGUUUAGUAAAGUGUGAGACAAGAGGGGACAAAUUCACUUGGGAAAGAACCGGCCUGAAAGAACGACUAGACUGGGUUUUUCAUAAUGCAGCUUGGUCGGCAAGUUUUCCGAGAACUUUUGUUACACACGAGCCUCGUUUCAAGUCUGAUCACAGGAUCCUGGUUAUAAACUCGAAUAACAAUGAUAACAGUAAGAGGAGACAAAGAACUUUUGUGUACCAAGCGGCUUGGGAGCUCGAGGAUGAUUUCAAGGAUAUUAUCUCGACAGCUUGGAAUGGCAAGACCUGGCUAGAGGGUGUAAAAACGUUCCAUAAGGAGGCAUUGAAAUGGCAUGAACAGCAAGUGGGAAAUCUGGUUAAGAAGAAAAAAGAGUUGAUGAAGAGAUUGGUAGGAAUUGAUAGGGAAAGAAGAUUACAUGACCACCCGGGACUUAGAAGGCUGGAAGAGAAAAUCUGGGGGCAAUACCAGAAAAUUAUACUACAGGAAGAAAUACAAUGGUACCAAAGGUCGAGAUGCAAAUGGUUACAAUGGGGGGAUAGAAAUACCCGAUUCUUUCAUGCGUCCACCAUCCUCGAACGAAAGAAAUAG